CGUUGACUAUAUUCUUUGUUCUCACUGAAUGAAACAAUCCAGGAAGCGAAUAUGACUGAUUGGUUUGUUGUUGCUGCCAUUGACUUUGGUACAACAUAUAGUGGAUACGCUUUCUCCUUUCGUAGUCAUCCGAAUGACAUUCAUACUCCACAAACGUGGUGUGCUGGAUCAUCUUCUUUAGCAUCUUUAAAAGCACCGACCUGUCUUCUUCUCAAUCCGGAUAAAUCGCUCAAUUCGUUUGGAUAUGAAGCCCAGGACAAGUAUGUCAACCUUGUCUUGGAAGAAAAACAUCGCGCCUACUUUUACUUUGAACGUUUUAAAAUGACUCUUCACCAAGAGAAAAACCUUUCCAGGCGAACCACAAUAGAGGAUAUUCUUGGCAGAACACUACCUGCAAUAGAUGUAUUUGGAAAGUCAAUUAAGUAUCUGAAAAACCACUUUUUAACAACACUGAAAAACAGGGUAUCUGGUUCAUCAAUUAACGAUGUGUUGUUUGUUCUCACUGUACCUGCAAUUUGGAGAGACUCUGCAAAGGAAAUCAUGCGAGAGGCAGCUUUAAAUGCUGGGAUUCCUCCAAGACAGAUCACUCUAGCUUUAGAACCAGAAGCAGCUUCUAUUAUGUGUCAAAAUAUCCCCAAUGAAGAUUGCACCAUAUCUCUACCAGGCACUCAGUACCUGAUUGCUGACAUCGGGGGUGGAACGGGGGAUUUUACUGUUCAUGAAAUACUGGGAAAAGACACCAUAAAAGAAAUAAGCAAGGCAAGUGGGGGUGCAUAUGGUGGAAUCAACGUCGACUUGAACUUCCUUCAAUUUCUGCAGAAGGUAAUGGGUGUAAAUGCACUACGUCAACUAAAGAACGAAGAGAUGGAAGAUUAUUUAGAUUUACUGCGUGAUUUCGAAAUCAAAAAGAGGACCGUUACAAAUGAGGAAGAAAAGACGUAUGUCGUAAAGUUGAGUGCAUCUUUCAAUAAAUUUGCAAGGGAUAACAAUCCAAAUUUUCAAAGAGAAAUAAAGUAUUUGCGCCUUAAAGGAACUGCUGUCUUCUUAAAAGAUAAGCUUAAAAUUGACGCAGUCAUCAUGAGAGGUUUCUUUGAAAAUUCUAUCAACGAUAUAUUAGAUCACAUAAAAACACUAUUGGAGAGAUAUAAGAAUGUAAAACAUAUCCUUCUUGUCGGCGGAUAUGGAGAAUGCACUCUCUUACAAGAAGCAAUACGAAAAAAGUUUCGGAAUAAGACAUUGAUUGUUCCACAAGACUGUGGACUUGCAGUAGUUAAAGGUGCCGUCUUGUUUGGGCAUAAACCCGAGAGAAUGUCUUCAAGAAUCUUGAGAUAUUCAUAUUUUACAAACUUAAGACAGGAUUUUGACCCAAGCAUUCAUGAUAUAAAAAGAAAAGCAAUUUCUGAUUUUGGUGACAUUUUCUGUAAAGGCAGUGUAUUAAGAAUCAUUGCAGCAGGGACAGCCAUUGAUUCUACAGGGUUACAGAAAAAAAUGUCAGUAUAUCCCCUGUACAAAGAUACUGAUCAUAUUUGGUGCGAGAUUUUUUAUUCAGAGAAAAAUGACCUUCUAUAUGACGAUUCUGAAGAUUGUAAAUCUCUUGGAACAAUCCGAAUACCUAUGGCUGGUAAAAAGGGAGAAAGGGAAAGAUGCAAAGCUGUUUUUACUUUUGGUCUCACUUCUCUUCAACUGAAGGUGAUGAAUUCAGCAGGCAAGGAGGUGGAAAAGUCAUUUGAUCUUCUGGAAUGAGCGACUGGUUGUAUAAUUUCAGGGCAUAAUCGAGUAAAUGAGUCAUAUAGACUUUCAUUGUCUGAUCGAUUAUGAUAUUAUAAUAAAUUACAUCUUUUAUUUCACGUAAUAAACAGACAUCAAACCAAUAAUUCAUUUUAGACAAUAUGCAUAUAUGACAUACAUUUGAAAAAAAACUAUUGAUAUACUAGUAACCUAUUGAUACUUAUGUUCAGUCUCUAUUAUGUAAAAUAAGGACAUACAAUUACUUUUUUA